ACUCGAGACCAUGUCUCGAGCUUGAGCACCUUAUUGGCCGAGGCCUCAAAGAGAAGCUGGUCUUUCGUUCUCUUUGAUCCUUUUUGCCUCGGUCAAUGCACAGAUCACCCGGCCCUCUAUAUAAUACGGUCCAGUGAGGAAACACCAUCGUGUUUUCCGUGCAACUUUUCAAGGCCCGGCCCACUAUUGGGUUGGGUCGAUAAAUUGAUAUAAAAAUAAAAAUUAUUGAAAAAACAUGGUCAUUUCGUCGACUAACUCGGUAAAAGUAAAACUGAAAUUUUAGUAGCGUCAACUUUUAGCAAAUUAAUAGCAAAAUAUAUUGUUCCUUUUCUUCUCAAAUUCACAUUAAAAAGUAAAGGAAAUCUGGAGCCAGAGAUCUGGGAGAAAAAAAAUAUGUUGAUAUCCGUUCCGUAAUACCAGAGGAUUAAGGUUUCCGACACGGUAAUUUAUGUACUUAUUUCUCAUAACUUUUAGGUUAAUAAGUAUCAAGUACUAAUUUCCACUAUCAUGAACAGGCAUCUUAUUACAUAAAUUGGUGUCACUGUCUAAAAAAAUGUUAAUUUGAGUAUAUAAAUAGAUGGAAAAGAUGUACAAUGUACGAAAUAUAUAAUGCAAUUUAUUCUGAGGACGCUAUUGUUUGUGUUUCGAGACAUAAAAUUAUAAAAGCAGAUGAGAUUGUUGUCGCAAUUGUGUAUCACGACUAGGACCUUAAUGGCGGCCAACUGUCACCGGGAGUACACGUCUUCGACAACGGUAAACGUAACGAAGACGAACACAUCCUUGGCCCGAUGACCUAUAUGAAUGAAUACACAUCGGGAAAGGUCAUAUGCGAAGUAAAGGUUUUAUGUAUCUGUGGUAAAUACACGAGAGGGUCGAAACAUGUGCGCCAAUACACAUAAUAACAACUUGAUUUUUUAAACUUUCACCUGUGAAAUGACUUUCGUCCUUUUGUUUUCUUAUUAUCUGAUCAAUUGUUUACAACUGAUUGAAAAUGUGUCAUAAUUAGGUUAGGUAAUGAACGAUGACAUUUUUCGCCCUCCUCCCGCAGUUUUGAAAAAACUUCGAUGCGGUUGAGUUUUGAUGCAAGUUCAAGUAUUCAAAGAACCCGAGACUUCGAACAACUGUUUUACUCGUGCAGAAAAACACAUGCCUGACCCUAUUCCCCUUCCGCUAUUACCAAUUAAGGAACGUUGUCCCUCGAUCCGCUUCGGCCGAAUAACUCCCUCCUCAUCUUCGGAAACGACGUCAGGAGAGUAUGACAAUAUCAGAAAAUCGAAGAUUUUUUACGUAUCUUCAAUCGCGAGCAAUUUUUCCUUUUCCGACAAAGCAGAUAGUUUUCGUCUUUCGGUAUAGCUUGUUUCCCAUAGGAAUAACCUUUAUUUUUGUAGCUAUAUAUGUUCUCGUAAAUAAAUGAAACCGGAAAUUGCCAACAAACUACACAUGUAUCUUCUAUAACAAUGGAUUUCGUAAUCUUUGUUUGAACCUUUUAAAAUUGUUAUAUAAGGAGACUUUCGUAUAUUACAGAAUGGCAAAGACAAGUAACGUGUAUAGAGAUAAAUUAAUUUAAUAAAUAAUAUUUACUGAAUAAAUUAUUCUAACGAAUUCACAAACAAAUACUCGUUAUUUUCAUCCAGGAUUUGUGCGAAAGGUUACACUGAAGCCGUUAUAGCUUGGGUUUUUUGUGACAUUGAUUUCUCUAAGAAUUUUAUCGAAAAAAUACACACUACAGAUUUGAGGUCUGUUGCGCGAGUGAUGAUCCCAUUGAAUCGGUGAUAAAUAAAUGAUAACAGGCAAUUAGUGAAAGCGUACAUCGGGGAACAGAGUGAUACCGGGGAUAAAAAAAAAGUGAUAAUUCGGUGGUUACAGUUUUGAUCGCUGUUAUGUUUGUUCACAAACAUCGGUGGGAGUAUUUCGAACGAUCAUAACCUAAAAGAUCGCAAACUAUGUUUUCAACGAACCGAUAAUAACUCGUACAAAUAAGGAGUGAUUUUUUGACAGUGAGGAAAAAAAUUAAAUAAAUCAUGGCAGCGAUUCGUCACACUUUACAACGCGAAGUUUUUACUCCGAGUGACGAAAAAUUGUUGAGUGUUUGUUUCGUAAGUAAAACGUACAAAAGAAAGAAAACGAGUUUUCUGUGUUUGGCAACAUCAACUGACAGUCCUGAUUCUACGCUUUUGCUCUAUCAAGUCAAGAAAAACGAUAAAAAUGUUUACAAAAAGAAACAGUCCUGGCUGCUCACUGACAUACAAACCGUCGAUGGCAUAAACAACGAUUCCCUGGAAAUGGAAUUGCACAUAGAUAAAGUCUAUAAAUGGUUGGCGACUGCUGCACAAGAGCGAAGAACUUUCAUUAGUAAUUUGUAUACGUACUCUUGCGCUUUACCGCAAAGGCCAGAAUUCAAAAAUAUACCCAAAGAUUGGCUGGUUGAUCCAACUUCGUUGAAGGAAAGUGACAGUAUUACUUUGACUCCUGAUCUUUUAACUCCAGUUAUCACAUCCGAUUAUCAACCAAUAACUGACAAAGAACUUGUCGAUUUGACCAAAUUGAUGGCAGAUUGUAAUUAUGCAAUAUCAAAUGCUGAACUCUUCAUGGAAACUCUGGCAAAAGAUUUAUCUGUCCUUGAUGGAGAAAAUGUGCAGUCCGUACUAGCCUCAGAAACUCGAGUAGUGCAAUUGAUGAAUGGAAUUGAAGCUGCAAUAGACGAGGCUUCAGUCGUUGAGUCUCGUCUGAUCAGUAUCGACGAAACAAUGGGAAUGUUAAGAGACGCGAUGGCUCAAAUUCGUCGAAAGAAUCAUGAGAUAAAAACCGAGAAUAACAAUGUGAAACUUUUGCUCGAUCAAUUGGACGAUCUAAUUACACAUUUAGAUAUAACGAACGAAGAUCAAAGGAUAUUGAACGAUGCAGAGCUGCCAGGAGGGAGAGUGGACCUCACUAUCGCAGGGGGUGCUUUGUUGAAAGCCAUAUCGACUGCAAUUCCAACCGGUUUGGACAAAAUGGGUGCUGUAAAUGAGCAGCGAAGACGUCUCGACAAAUUACGAGCUAAAUUUUCGCUCAUAGUAGCUCGUCAUCUCAAUAACUUAUUUAUUCAUUUGGGAAACGAUGUUGGCGACGUGUCAGCAUCCACAGGAGACCUCCUGCUGCCCACUCACCAAGCAGUUCAUCGAGAACUCGAGCCUUACAUGGAACUGAUGCAAUUACUACGUGCCCUUGACAAUAAAGCCUUCCAGCAAUUGACCAAAGUUUACACAGGAACGAUGAGCAAAUUGUAUCAGAGAGAUUUGAAACUAUUCUUUGAGGAAGCGAAAAAUCGGUUGAUCAAUACGAGACCUCAUGCAAAUUCUUCGAAAUCGAGUAGUCAGAAAGGGGAGGAUUUGAUAGCGCCGGCACCGUUAUGUUUAUUGAGUGGUGAAUCUUGGGCACCUCAAGGCGAAGGAGCUUUAUUAGAUUCCCUUCUCGAUCGAGCUCUCUCGCAACUUCAACCCGUGUGUCUUGCCGAGCAAGCUUUUUGUGUAGCUUUUUUACAGCUGGACGUCGUUUUGUCACCGUCGAAGAGCACGGAAAACGAGGAAUCGGAGAAUACGAGCAACGGUGCGACGAGCCCAGGUUCAGCAACAUCAACAGCGAGCAAAAAAUUAGAGAGGCAAAUCAACGAAGAGGUUCGGGCAACGAUGGCAGCGAUUUUUCCAUCUCUCGAGCCAGAAUUAAAUAAUUUCAUACUGUUCCUCGACAAAAUCGACAGUUUCUGGUGCAUGUACGUUCUCGUGCGUUUGUCCCAGCACGUGAUGUCGGCUCAGGACACAGGCUCUUUUCUCUCAAUGACUUUCGCCUCCGCUCUCGUUCAAGUCAAACGAGCCUUUGACAAAUUCAUGCAAGCACAAUUGCAGUCUAUUUUACGUGACACGAAAGUUAACAGACGACAUAAAUGUGGAAUUUUACCGUAUGUCGAAAAUUUUGGGCCUUUUGCUCGCACGGCUGAAAAAAUAUUCAAAAACUCGGACAGAAAAGUCGAUCUGGAAAAAUGGUACACAAAGUUGGUCGAUGCCAUGUUCGAAGCUAUUAUUAUUCAUAGCGGAGAACACCACAAAACUCCCCAAGAAGUUAUUAAAAUGGAAAAUUACCAUCAUCUCUACGAUCUUCUGUCACAACUAAAAAUUUCAGUCCUGGAUCAUGAAAGAAAAGAAGCAAAACAAAAAUACCACGAUGCUUUGAAAGCUUAUGUUAUUCAGUAUUUUGGUCGACCACUUGAAAAAUUAAACCUGUUUUUCGAAGGCGUUCAAGCAAAAGUCGGUGCAGGAGUCAAAGAAUCUGAAAUAAGUUAUCAGAUGGCCUUCAGUAAGCAAGAAUUACGCCGAGUGGUAAAGGAAUAUCCAGCGCGAGAAGUGAAGAAAGGGUUGGAGCAUUUGUAUCGAAAAGUGGAAAAACAUCUUUGCGAAGAAGAAAAUUUGUUACAGGUCGUCUGGAGAGAGAUGCAAGGAGAAUUCAUUGCCCAGUAUGUGAAUAUUCAAGAACUGAUCCAACGUUGUUAUCCUGACAGUAACGUUACUUUGGAAUUCACGAUACAAAAUAUUUUGGAAUUUUUCUCAGAAAUCGCAAGAUCUCAUUGAGAGGGAAAAAAUAAUAAAUCAUUGCAUGAAAGAAACAUGCUUGAAUUGUAAAUUACGGAACUGUAUAGAACGUUUCACGUUGACGAUUAAAUCGUCUCAUAGUUUUAAGCUAGACUUAACAAAUAAAAUUUUCAAACUACA